AUGCACGCGGUUCGCUUACUGUCCACAGCUGAUUCAUCCAUGGAUACUGAGGAUGACGAGGGCGCCGCCCCGUGGUCCAAACCACCUCCGCUUCCCUGUCUUCUCGGCCCAUUGAAAAAACACAUGCGGACCCCCGACACUCUCUUCCACACCCUCCUCACCGUCAUCGACUACCACGUCGACCCCUCUGGCGGCACGCAAUCCACCUACGUCCUCGGCACGCACACCGACCUCCCCGCCGCCAAAGCCUUUUCCAAGCACGCGCUCCAAGACCUCGGGUACGAGCGCGACGACUUCGCCACCUACGAGGAAGCCUCGGCCGCCUCCACCUCGGGCUGGUCCCACGGCGACGGCGUCAUCGUGCACGCCAAAGCGCCCGCCGGCCAAAUCUUCAACGUCGCCCUCGACACCGCCGCCAACAAUGAGGACGCGCAUCGACUACAACCGCGACCGCAACGGCGCGGCGAGGGAGACGCAGGUGCAGGGUUCCUACGUGCGGAGGGGGACGCCAUGAUUGCGGCCAAGGGCCUGCUGAACAAGGCGGACUACGACGAGUACGCGGAGCGGGACGAGGGCAGCGGCGGGGAGAAGUGGGAGUAUGGCGAGGAUGUUGUGGUGCAUGCUGUUUCGAGCGUGGGGGAGAAUUUUGAUAUUUCGGUCACGACGACGCCGGGGGCGCAUAAGCGGCAUGGGAAGAAGAAGGGCUAG